UGAUUUUUUUCUGAUAUUUUCACAGGUAUGAAUUUAAUGAAGAUCAGAUGGAAGCCAGACGUGUGAGGGAUUACCAGUUUUAUGUUUGGGACCACGUUGCUUUGGCCCUGCAUGUGGAGAAUGACCAGGUGCUGAAGCUUGAUUUUAAGAAACCAGAAGAUUUCCUCACAUACUGUGAGAAAGAUGAUGUGACAUAUCGUUUUGAAUUUCAAAACCUUGAUGAAGCUAAUGAAUUGGUGAAGAAGUGGCCAGAAUGGCUGGGUGCUCUGAAGGUGGAGCGUCCGCUUCAGAUGCAUUACCCAGUUACAGAACUCAAACUGGUUCUUACUGGGAGCUGUGGAGAGGAAACCAGCUCCACUGGAAACACGUUAUCUGGGAAGCAAGCCUUUUAUUCUUCAGGACUAGAUUCAGUUGAGAUGAAACUGGACAACUUGGAGGUGAAAAUCAUCAAUACUCCAGAGUUCUCAGAAUUGACCACAAAAGAAGAGAUAAAGAAGACUCUAAACUAUAUCAGACUCUCCGGCCCUGCUCUUCAUGUCUUCCUACUGGUCAUCAGCCUGAAGAACAUCACUGCAGAUCUGAUCAGAACAACAGUACAGCGCUUUGAAUCAAUAUUUCAGAACAAGGCCUUAAGACGCACCAUGAUUCUCUUCACCCACCAGGACCAGACAGAACCAGACAUCCAAGAAAUUAUGCAAAAGGUUCAGCAAUUCCUGACUGAGAAAGUAGGCAAUAGAUGCCUUGUCUUCAACAACAGACUUGAGGACAGAGAUCCUCAAAGGGUCUCAGAUCUGCUGAGAGAGGUGAAGAAGAUUUUAGGCGGUGAAUGAAUGGAAUGCUAGAAUGUUUUAUAUAUCAUCACCUUCAUUAUGGAAAACCUAACUUCACUAAUCACUAAAGAAUAAUGUUUUUCCUACAAACCCAACUCUCAGUCCGGGCUCAGCCUCUAACUCAGCAGCAGAGCUAAAGAGCUGCAUUGGCAGAAAUCACUGGAGGUGAUAUUUUAUUUUUAAUGAUUAUGUUAAUAUAUAAAGAUACAUGUAAAUCAAAUAAUUUAAGUGCAGCAGAUCAUAAUUUUAAAGCAAUUGGAGUAGGGAGAACGCUCAUGCCACCCCACACAAGAUGCUGCCCUGGGUGUUUUCCAUGUUGCCCACAUCAGAAACCACCACUGCAAACAGCCAUUUU